CGAAGUGAAACUCCCCGCCCCACUCGCACCUCCCCGCCUCACUGGGCGAGAGACGCUCACUCAGCGUUGAUGAGCUGGUGAGGAGGAAGAGGACGAGGCGAGGGUAGAAGCGGAGAGCGAGCCAGAGCUCAGGAGAGAGUCGCCCGCACUGAGUUCAUCGCUGCGUCACCUGCAGAGGUCAGGACAGGAGCAGCAGGAGCCGCCGCUGCUGCUGCUGAGAGCGCUCUGUGGAGGAAGGACCGAAUCCCCACCCCCGACAACGCGAGCUGAGCACGCAGAAAGCCAUGGCCGCAGACGAGAGAUUCAAGAAGAAGUCGGAGCAGGUGCGGAUUCUUCUGGACGACCUGAAGAAGCUCUCCAGGUAUGACAAUUCAAUCGUCCCAACCCUGCAGAUGAUUGAUGGUAUAAAAGAUGCAUACAACCGGGAGGAGCGGCAAGCGCUAUCACGAACCUUCCACAAGGAGGGGGGUGUAGAGCUCUACAUGAAAAUUUUAACGAGCCUCUCCCCGGAUGGCUCGAACAUCCCGGACUCCCUACAGAGACCCAUGGAGUGGAGUACAAGGAACGUACUGGCUUAUGUUCAGAUGUACUCCGAUCCGAGAGCCAUCUCGCUGCUGACGGACAUGGUGAACCGACCCUCACAUAAGAACUUUACGGCGCUUGAGAACAUUGUGUAUCCGGCUGUAGAGCUAGUGAAGAUUCUCACCUUGAUCUCCAUCACGGCUGGAAUACGCAGGAAGAUGUUGAAGCCGGGAGCCGAGUUGGAGGAAGAGGCGCUGCAGGAAAUCCUCCCCGAGCUGAGAGAGAAACUGAAAGUCGAGGCUGAGAAACGUGACUACACGCUCGAGUGGGGAGACAUCGCCGUUCACCCCACGCGCCGAUCCGUGCAGAAGUGGCCCAAGGCCAGGGAUGGCCGAAUUUAUGUUCCCUACAAGGUGUCCCUCGCCUUCUGUGAGUGGCCUCCUCCUGUGUCUUGAUCCCCCACUCACCCUCACUCUGUGCUCCCCCUGCCGGAUCCCCCUACUCACCUUCACUCUGAGUGUCCCGCCUCAAGGGGUCUCUCUCAGCA